CACUACCAGCUUGAGAAAUGCAUCACCCGAUCCAAUGACAAGACGCCCAAUGCAGCCGAGAUGAAGUCGAGGAGGCGACAAGGCAGAUUAUAAUACAGUGCCGAUCACCUGUGUUUCUGUACCAGCACUGGUACCUUUGGCUUGACAUCAUCGUCGCACGCAUGCGCCAUGGCGCCUCAGAUCAUCUAUCUACCAGACGGGCAGCAUUUCACCGUCAAGCCCGUUUUUGCGGGCCUAUUCUUCAAGUCGAACGAGCUCAGCACGCACAGCAAUGCCUUCCCCGUCGGCUGGACCAUCGUGAUCCAGACCGAGGAGGAGGAAGGCCGCAACGGCGAUGACGGCCAAGAUGGUCGGCCAGAUACUGUAGGGAGUCUCGACUCGCAGGGGAAACCACGACUGCACUCGUUCACGCGACCGACGCUGCAGGGCGACAGCCUCUUCAUCUCGAUCAUCUCGAAUCCGUCGAGCCAAGACUUCAAGCCACCUGCGAGCCCGACCCGGCAGAUCGCUAUGAUGCUCUGGGUCACGCUCUACUGGUACUUCCACCAACAGCCGCCGUCCGCGACCCUGACGACCGAAGCCUCCAAGUCGACUCCGCAGGCCGGCCGACCGCGAGGCGAGUGGCGGGUGCGGAUCAGGAGGGAAGGGAUGCUGCGCGGGCGGAACCUGCUCCCGAAGCUGGAGCGCAUGGGCCUGAUCGCGAGCUGCAACUCGGCCGUGGGCACGGCACUCGAGGACGGCGACGACGCCUGGUCCGACAUGUUUGUCUCACAGCAGAUGUUCUGGCAGAUUCCCGGCCGCCUGUUCCUCUUCACGCUCCAACCGGUCCCUAAGCAGCACAACUCCCACUCGCGCUCCAGCUCGCCCGGCUAUAGCCGACCGGGCUCGCCUGCCUCACAAUCCGGCGAUCGCGUGAGCCCUCUCCAAUCCCAACUCCUCGCCCUCGCCGCCGACGCAGAAGGAUCGUCCGGUGACCUGCCCACCUCCAUCACCUCCGCCCCGCCAACCUCCUUCCCCACCCCAGGGCCCUUCUUCAGCGCAUCCUUCCUACCGACCUAUUACCCGCCCCCGCCGCUGCAAUACACCAUGACGCCCGACCACUGCAUCCGCCACCCGCUCCGCCCCAGACCGCCCGCCAUGGGCGAGGUCUUCUACACACGCUUCAUCCCCUCGGUGGGGCAGUACCUCUCCUUCCGGGUGGCGUCGCUGUCCCCGAAGCCGGUCCCCUACCUGGGCCCCGUGGGGCCGCUCAAGCCGCCGCUCUCGCACGGGAAGCACGAGCACCUGCUCUCGCUGACCGACUCCGCCCUGCUGGAGAACUGGUUCGCCAAUCCGCGGGUGUCGGCCUUCUGGGGCAAGCACGACCCGGGAUUGCUGAGCAGUGCGCUGCGGAGCAGGCACAGCUUCCCCGCGAUCGGGCUGUGGGACGGCGUGCCGUUUGGGUAUUUCGAGCUGUACUGGGUGAAAGAGGACGUGUUGGGGCUGUAUGCGGGCGGGGGCAACAUCGAUGACUGGGAUAGGGGGUGCCAUGUGCUGAUUGGGGAGGAGUGGGCGAGGGGGAGGGUGCAGAGCUGGCUGACCAGCUUGGUGCACUGGAUCUUCUGUGCGGAUUAUCGGACCAUGAGUGUCUGUUUGGAGCCGAGGGUGGAUAAUGACAGGUUCAUCAAACACCUAGAAGUGGCUGGGUUUACCAAGGAGAAGGAGGUUACGUUCCCGCAUAAGCAGGCUUGGUUCGGAAGGCUGAGGAGGGAGAGCUGGCACGGGCCGGCCUUGUAAGACACUGGAUAAUGUUAAACGCUUCCUUGGUGGAGGGAUGUAUACGCUCCGUAUGCGUCACUCAGCUUCAAGGGGCAGAAGUUGGCAGGGCGUACACCACUCGUGCUUUGUUUGCAUUGCAUCGCAGAGCA